AUGACUGGCCCGGCCCUAUGCCGCUUUCCUUCGGAGAUAUUGAGCACCAUUUUCGUGCAGGUUAUCAACUACGUUGGUAUCCGCUUGAGUGUCCGAUUAAGACUGGUCUGUCACAAGUUCGAUCAACAUAUACAGGAUGCAAUAUUUUCCUUGCCCACAUUUGAGUCGCCGGACGCUGUCGCUCCUGGUCACCUCACAUGGGACUGGAAGAUGGGCAGGGCAAUGAUAGCAAGCCUGAUCCACAACAAGCUGGAAUCGCAUCAAGACGAACGUGCGCUGACCCGCGAAAUCCUAUGCACAGCGGACUUCGUUGCAACUGUAUUGGGUGAGACCAACAGAGAGGCAUACAAAGACGCGCUAGUGGAGCUAGCGGUGGCCGGACUGCCUCUCCAUCAAGUCCUUCAUGGCCUUAUCAGAGACCCACAGCUCUUGACAGGAAGAUCGAGCGCUAUAGAGAAUGCGCUGAUCGCCUCACUCUACAUGGGACGAGGAUAUGAAAUGGAGGUCUGGAUCCUUAAAGGAGCUUGCGCGGGUCAUCGAACCAAAUGGUUUGGAGAUGCUUUAACUGUGGCUUGCUGCUAUGCAGACGUUGAAAUGUUCAGAUCCAUUAUUCGCGUCGUCUCCAUGACCGAUGAUACUCUGAAAGGUGAUGCUGCGGCUUCCCGCAUGGUUAUGGCGCUUGAGUCUGGAGCGGCAUCUGGCAGACUCGACAUCUUUUCCCCAGGUGUUUGCUAUGACACCCAGGUCUUCGGCACUCGAUACGGCAUAGAUGAGUUCCUCAAACCGGCUUUAAAAAGCGCAGCACUUAAAUCCCAUGAUGAUGUGGUCAUAGCGAUAAUGAGCUUAAUGAAACAACACGACUUGGACGCUUCCACCACACUCGACCAGCAAUUUUGGGAUGAUCUUCUGAGGAUUGCUGCAUCCAACGGCUCCGAUAUCAUGAUACGCGUAAUGCUGAGCUACCCAUCGCUGGUCGGUUCCAGUCGCGCUUUCGAUCUUGCAUUAGAAGAUGCUUGCAGAAACGGUCAUUUUUCAGUCGCAGAGCUUCUGACGGCGACUGCCUCAGACCAUUCUCUACGAUACGGAGGUGCUACAUACUGGGCAGCUCGCAAUUCCCGUCAUGACAUACUGCGCUUACUCUUUGAGAGCGCAGCGGGUGCUCCUACAUCUUAUCUUGUGGAUGCUUUGUGUGGCGGUGCCGUGCACGGCUAUCCUGGUUUAUUAUCUGUUCUUGUUUCUGCUGGCUUGCAGGACAUUGCAAGAGCAUACGAUAAGCACGCUCCAAGGACCUUCACUGACAUAGUGGAUGAUGUGUGCAAAGCUGGGCUCCUCAAAGAUCUGAAAGUAGACUCUGUCGAAGUUCCUGAAAAGAGCGACUCAUCCGAGUUCGCAGAGGACAUAUUCAAUGACCUAAUGUCAGUAGAACAGGUCCAGCUCGAGCGGGCUUGCUCGAAGGGCGACUUCCCGGCCGUCUCUCGGAUUUUGGCUAAUACGGCAAUUACUAUUUCUCAGGCAACAUUCUUUUUGGCAGGCUUCUCCGAAUCGAUCCGGCAAGAACGUCCUGGUAUGGUGCAAUACCUAUGUGAGAAGCUCGCAGGCCAGCCAACCUUUGUUGCCGAAGCUAUUGUCAGGGUCCGGUCCACGGCAGUACUUCAAGUUCUCCUUGAUAAAGGAUGGUCGACGGAGGCCUUUUCGAGUAGGCUGAAGCCACCUAUAUUAAGGAGCAUGGUACGAAGCGAAGAGAUGACUAGAUGGUUACUUGACCACCGCGCCAACCCUAAUACCAGGUGUGACCUGGAUAUCACUCCGCUCUCUGUAGCUGUACAGAGCGCAUCCCUCACCACCAUUAGACUUCUUUUAGAAAGUGGUGGCGACACUCGCAAGGGACAGCCGCUUCACUUUGCUAUUGAGCGUGAUCAGCUUGACCAGUUGGCAAUCAUUGAUAUGUUGAUAGCAUGUGGCGCAGCUAUCGAUGCUCGCAUGUUCGAGAACGAUCCCGCAUCUUGGCUAGAAAGUCGUUUACUUGGUGCUGGAACAUCACUACACAAAGCGGCGGAGCUGGGUCGUACUGUAACUGUGGCUCAUCUGCUUAGGGAAGGGGCAGAUGCAACGGUAGUCGACUCGAUAGGAAGAACAGCGCUCGAUAUUGCUGAAGCAAAACGUCACAACGAAGUCAUCAAGGUACUGAACACGAGGUCUUUGGGAUAG